AUGGCGUCAAGAUCAAAAAAGGGAUCUACAACAAAGAAUAAUGAUCCUAUCUGGGAAUAUUGCACUCGGAUUAAUGGAAAUAGAAUGAACUUAAAGUGCAAUUAUUGUGGACUUGAAAGAUGGGGAGGGAUAAAUCGAAUGAAACACCAUUUUGCGGGUGAUCAUGAUAAUGUGGCUCCGUGUACACAAUGUCCAGAUAAUGUGAGGGAACUUUGUAUUCAGAUAUUAGGAGAAUUGGAAAGACAAAAGGUGAAUGAAAAAGAAUAUUUCCAAGAAGAAGAGACAGAAGUUCAAAUGAUAGGAGAAAAAAGAAAAACUAGUAUGGAUGUCUUUGUCACUAAAGGGAAAGAAAAACAACAAACUUUAAAUGCAAUGGGUAAGAAAAGGGAGCCCGUUGUUCAUAGCAUUUGUAGAUUUUUGUAUGGACGUGCAUUGCCUUUUGUUUUGGUAAAAAGUCCUCUUUUUGCUUCAAUGAUGGAAGCGGUUGGUGAAUAUGGUAAGGGUUUAAAACUUCCUAGUUAUCAUGAGGCUAGGGUUACAUUUUUUAAGAAGGAAGUUGACAAUGUAAACUCAAUGCUGGAGAAGUAUAAAAAGGAGUGGAAAAUGACUGGUUGUACUUUGAUGUCGGAUGGGUGGACGGAUAGAAAAAGUAGAUCUCUUACAAACUUUUUGGUGAAUAGUCCAAGUGGAACAGUUUUUCUUAAAUCUAUUGACACUUCAGAUGUUAUAAAAGAUGCACAAAAGUUAUUUGAGUUGCUUGAUUCAUUGGUGGAGGAAAUUGGGGAGGAAAAUGUUGUUCAAGUGGUGACUGAUAGUGCUUCAGCCUAUGUAGCUACGGGUGACUUGUUGAUGGAGAAAAGAAAAAAAUUAUUUUGGUCUCCUUGUGCAACACAUUGCAUUGAUUUGAUCUUACAUGAUAUAGGUGGGUUGCCUAUUUUCACAGAUACAAUAAAGAAGGCUAAAGAAGUUUGUGUAUAUAUUUAUAGACAUGCUUGGGUCCUUAGCAUGUUUAGGAAGUUCUCUAAGAAGAGAGAGUUGAAGAGGCCAGGAGUUACAAGGUUUGCUACAUCAUUUCUUACAUUGAGAAGCUUUGAGGAAAAUAAGAUUCCUCUUAGGGCUAUGUUUGCAUCAGAAGAGUGGGCUAAAAGUCAUUAUGCUUCUAAGGUGGAUGCAAUUAAAGUGGGAGCAAUUUUGUUAUCCGAUGACAAGUUUUGGAAAUCGAUCAAGUAUUGCUUAAAGUGUGUAAGUCCACUUGUUAAAGUUUUAAGACUUGUUGAUGGGGAUGUGAAACCAGCAAUGGGAUACAUAUAUGAAGCAAUGGAUAGGGCAAAGGAGAAAAUUGCACAAAAUUUCAACCAUCAAAAGAUAAAGUAUGAGCGCAUUUGGAACAUUAUUGAUACAAGAUGGGAUUUGCAACUUCAUAGGCCACUCCAUGCAGCGGGAUAUUUUCUUAAUCCCAAAUGA